CGCUCCACCACCCUCACAACCACCUCGCUGCCGUAGUCGACAACCUCGCCGUCGCCGCCUCAGUUGUCAACCUUGCAUACGCAAGACAGCUGCUAAUCUCUGAAUUCUUAGACUUGUAGCUCAGCCCGCCGCCGCUCACGAGUGACGUGCGCCAGUCGCAUUUGCCAUUGUUCAGCGCCGCACCUGCGCGUACAUCGAUAUCAGCAUGGCGAACCAGCCGCCGCAGAAGGCGCAAGCCCUGCCCAACCCAUAUGGUCUUCCCAACCCCUACGCCCAGAAAGGCCUUCCGAAUCCGUAUGCCUCGGCCACCAUUUCCGCUGCGCCUGUCAAAUAUACAGAGGAACAGGCCAAGGCCGAGCAGCAGAAGAAACCUGCUUUUCAUAACCCUCACCAAAUCAAGCGUCCCCAGGCCAAGAAGGCUAUCCCAACUGUCAAGAGGGCCACCAUGCCUGUAGCUGCCCCGCUCUCUUCGUCAGUUCCCGGACCCGCCAAUCCCCAGCAACAUGGUAUCGACUAUUACCGAAGCACCGCAGAGGACGAUGCGUCCAUUCUGGAAGAACGCAGAAUGCGCGCGUAUGAGGAGAAGCAGAGGAAGAAAGAGCACAAGAAAUUCACUAAGAUGUACGGCCUACAUGAACCUCUGGCCGCUCACAAACCCGACAAGCCAUCCAACCUGCUAGCUUACAAGGCCCAAGGCGGCUACCGUCGUAAGAAGGAAGGGUUCACUGCCUUCUUGCGUGGAGCUGCCGCUCAGCACAAGUCUCGCGGUGGCAGUGAGGAAGCCAGCGGCACCCCGUCGGCGUCCUCUUCUAGUUCAACGCCUGCUACAGUCGCUACCAAGCCUUCAUUCGCCCCGCCUGCAUACUACGACGACAGCUCUGCAGCUCCCUCGUCCGAUCCGUCAGGAGAAGAUGCUUAUGCCCGUCGCAUGCGUCUGUCGCAGCAGCAGUCUGAUACCGCACCGCCUCCGCCUCCAUCGGUCACAGAUGACUACGUCCCUCCGCCUCCGCCCCCACCGCCAGCUGAUUCACCACCAGCACCCCCGAGCUAUCAGGGUGCCACCAUCUCUGCGCCUCCUAUUCGAUAUGCGACCGCCACUAUAUCUGCGCCUCCAGUCCGGUACGAGCGUCCUGACGUACAGAUGGAAGAUGCAGACAAUGAGCCCGCCCAUGACGAACGUCCUGCCAAACGCGCCAAGAUCAGCAAAGCCGAAGCUAUGAUGAACAAGAUGGGUUACAAGAAGGGUCAAGGUCUCGGAAAGAACAACGAUGGUGUGGUUACCCAUCUGGAAGUCAAGAAGCGCAGGGUUCCUCAGGGCGCAGGCAAUCUCGACGCGAACGGCAGAGUCCAGUCUCAACAGGUCUGGGAUGUCAGUGGCGGUAUGCGUAUCCAGAAAGACGAGCCUAGCAAGUUCGGCGACAAGUCAAGUGUCGUGGUCACAUGGGGUUGCGUCGACGAUGUUGACUGGGACGCCAAUGCAGAGCGUAACGACGGUGGUAUCCGACAAGACAUGGGCGAAGCAUUCGGCAAAAAGUUCGGUGGCGAUGUCGAACGCAUUCAACUGGACGAGAACAACAAGGAUGGCGUAGUCUACAUCCAGUUCAACUCUCCGAUGGCCGCCCUCAACGCCGUGAACCGAUUCGACGAAGGAUGGGAAUUCAGAGGCAGGAAGAUCCGCGCCCAGUACUACGACGAGCGCAAGUUCCACUCCGGUAUCUACGACUACUAGAAGCCACUUCUCUGCUCAGUUUUGGCCUGUCCCGGUCGUUAGCCUUCGAAGGAUCGUUGGAGUAUUCCACUUUAUGAUUGGUGUGACGGACAGGAAUGACGGCAGAGAGGAUCUGAGAGGUCGGCGCAUGUGGCAUCGCUGGUAUAGAUCUGGAUAUGCUUGAAGGGAAGAUGUGUACGACUAUAUGGAUUGGAGAGGAAAUUCAUGUUCGUCUUUUCAAGAGAUUGGAGCUUUGAGCAUCCUCCUGGUUGCUUUACAAGAAGUAUUGUACUAGAAUAUGCCCAGCCUCAGCUCAUGGUGUAUCACCACGGAAUAUGAAGCCCGGAUUUCACAACAAAAGCUCUGCAGACAUGUCAUAUUUAGAUUUCUCCAAUCGAAACUUGACCAGCAUGG